AUGUUCAGUGAAGAAAUAUUGUUAUUCAACACACGUUGGAAGUGUUUGAACGCGGAGAAAAGGGAUGACGUAGACUAUACCACUUAUGCGGGUAGAAUGAAUAGAGAGUGCGAGAUAUUUAAACUGGAUAAACUAACUUCAGAUACGUUCAAGUGCCUGAUUUUUGCUCAGCGACUUACUGCUAAAAAAGACGCAGAAGUAAUGAUGAAAAUUCUCGCAAACCUGAAAGUGAACCAGGAUAUAACUAUCCAGAAACUGUCAGAAGAGUGCGAUAUGGUUUUAAAAGUAAGACACGACACAGAAGAAAGCCAACGCAGAGAUUGUUUACAGAUGAAAUCAGUGCGAAUGAGUCGGAAGACAGAUAAAAUGUGUCACAAAAAACACGAUAUAUAUCAGGAGGUAAACCUAUGUGUGGUGUGUGGUGGUAGGCAUCUAAGAAAAGAAUGUCCGUUCAAAAAUGCGAAAUGUUUGCGUUGUGGUAACACAGGACACAUUAAAUCGCACUGCACAACUAAGAUGACGAAAAAUUGA